CUUGCGGGGCUGGACAGCCAGUCUGCGGGGGCGCUGUCGGGUGUGCUCAAGCCGGUGCUCACGCUUUCCUCCAUGCUCAUGAUUGUGCGCAUCGUCAUGAGCUGGUACCCCGAGAUCGACGGCAAGGCGCUGCCCUGGUCCAUCGCCUACACACCCACCGAGCCGCUGCUGGCGCAGACGCGCAAGCUGGUGCCGCCCUUCAACGGCCUGGACGUGUCGCCCAUCGUGUGGGUGGCCCUGCUCAGCUUCCUGGCCGAGAUCCUGACGGGGCCUCAGGGCAUCCUGUCCCUGAUCGCCCGCAAGGGCAUC